AUGCUUGCCGACGCCGUUCAUCACUCCCCGGUCAUCCUCGCUGGCGUAGAUGAAGAAGAGCAUGGCAACAGCUGGUACGACUCCCUCCUCCGCGAAGCUCAGGCGAUGGAUGAGCCGGGACUCCAUGAUGAAGUACCUUUCUUCCAGCAACAAUUUCCAAGAUUCGACGAGGAGCCCAGGGAGGAACCCGGCUACAGUCCCCCCAAGAGAUUGCGCGUCGUCCACCCUUCUGAUCUCGAUCUCGACGAGGCAGGCCCAUCGACGACGACGCGGCCGAGGGUGCUCCCUCUCGCCGACGACGAACUGCCCAAGUUUGACUGCGGCAUCUGCAUGGAGACCCUCCCCAUCCUGGACCUCUUCCACGGCAUGCAGUGCCAGCACAGGUUCUGCGUGGAGUGCAUGGCCACGUACAUCGAGGGGAGGAUCAACGCCGGCGAGGUGCCCAUCCCGUGCCCGGACCCGGCCUGCCAGGAGGCGUAUGGGGAGGACAUCGCCGUCCUGCACCCCGACGUGUGCAAGAAGUCCAUCGACUUCGCCGCGUUCAGCAGCUAG